CGCGGCCCCGCCCCUCGUUAUCUCCCUGACGGUCGGAGCGGAGGGGAGGCCUCUUUACGUCCAGCCACAUUUAAGAAUUCAAUACUGUAUACAUAUUUACGGCUUUCUUUAGUUUGCAAUGGAGCCUUCGGGAAGCACUAAAAUAUCUUCAUCCAGCAACCACACCCAAAACUCAACAGGUGGUGGUGGCUGUGCAUGGGAGGUCACUGACAAGGCCAGACUAUGCCGCUUCCUUUGCUAUGGCUCAGAAGGAGACAUAUACACAGCCAGAGAGGAGGGGCAGGUCAGCAUGGAGACUGCAGGAGCCCUGCUUUCCCUGCUGCAGGAGGGCCGGGGCGCUGAGGUAGUGGAGGAGAUAAAACGGUUCAGUCAAGAUGGACAUGCUGUCAGACUCGGCCCCUCCUUUUUCGCCUUGGCUCUGUGCUCCCAGCACUCAGAGCUGAAGACGAGACAGGCGGCGUUCAAAGCUGUAAAGGAAGUUUGUCGGGACCCUGCCCACCUUUUCUCUUUCAUCCAGAACAAAAAGGAGCUGAAGGAGGGUAUGAAGUGUGGGAUAUGGGGACGAGCCCUGAGGAAAGCAGUAUCUGACUGGUACAAUGAACAGGACACCUUGAGUCUGGCUGCGGCUGUGACCAAAUGUAAACAGAGAGAGGGCUGGAAACAUCAGGAUCUGCUCAGGCUCUCUCACACCAAACCAGCCAAUGAAGCAAUUGCCUUAAUCAGCAAAUAUGUAACAAAAGGAUGGAAAGAAGUCCAGGCGGCUUACUCAGACAAAGAGAACUCUGAGGAGGUUGUCAAAGUGCUUUCCUAUCUGGAAGUGGUGGAGAAGGUCAAGCAUAGUUGUGAUGAAACGGAGGUCGUCAAUUUAAUAGAGGAACACAAACUAGAGAGGGAACAGCUGCUGACAGACCACCUGAAGUCAAAACAGGUAUGGAGGGCUUUAUUGAAGGAAAUGCCUCUCCAGUCGCUGCUGAGGAUCUUGGGUAAGAUGACGUCAAACAAAGUACUUGAACCUGGAAGUUCAGAUACACAGGCUGUGUGUGACAGAAUCCAGAGUGAGACGGCACUAAAGAAGGCACAGGUCCAUCCAUUCAGCAUACUUUUGGCUACAGAAAACUACAAAAGAGGCCAAGGUUAUCAGGGUAAAACAAAAUGGGAACCAGACAGCAGCAUCCUUAAAGCAAUGGACUCUGCUUUUUAUAAGAGUUUUAUGAAUGUGGAGCCGGUGGGUAAACGCUUUGUAGUGGCGGUAGACGUGAGCACAUCGCUGAGCAGCAUAGUCCCCGGGACGUCAAUCAGUACUGCAGUCGCUGCUGCUGCUAUUACUAUGAUUUUUGCUAGGUCAGAGGCGGACACAGAGGUGUUAGCUUACUCUGAAGGUGCUUUGGUUCCAUGCUCCAUCUCUGCUGACAUGACUCUCUCAGAGGCUACAAUUGAACUGGUUAAGAUUCCUGGUGGGAGCACAGACUGCACCCUUCCCAUCACAUGGGCCACAGAGAACGAGAAAACAGUAGAUGUUUUCAUCAUUCUGACCAAUAACCCGUUGUGGAUGUUCGCUGCCAGCCCAGUGGAGACUCUAAAGAAGCAUAGACAGAAAACAGGAGCUAAUUCUAAGUUGGUGAUGUGUGGACUUACUUCCAUUGGACAUGCCAUCGCAGACACAGAUGACCGGGGUUUACUGAGCAUCUGUGGCUUCGACCUCGGAGCACUGAGCGUCAUUCGUAACCUAGCCCAGGAUCUCAUCUGACAGGGUUUUGGGACAAUCUGAGUUAUGAGGCACAAAGUGGACCAGGGUGGCUCACUUAGCAUGUAGAGUGCCCUAAAACAGCACUAAUCCAAAAGAUGUUGACAUUUACAAUUCCAGUUUCUCCUUUUGUAUCAUGUCGCUUACAGGUCAACUGACAGUGUCCAGCGGGCUGGACAACACUCUGGAGAAGAUAUUUGCUUUUUAUUCUAACAAAUGAAAAGAAAGUUAUAAGAGACAAUGUGUCACUGCAUGUAAUGCUGCCAGGUGUUUGAGUAUAAACAGCAGCCUGUACGAUGGGCUGAUGACUUUGAUGGUUUUUGGUGAGACACUUAUGUUUCUGAAAAGAAAUUUCUCCAUUUAUGAAAAUAUGUUGGCUAAAAAGGAGCAGUUUAAGAGUCUGAAUGUUAGAGGUGAGCAUAACUGCAAGGUUAGCUAAAGGAGAAUUGCUGUAGUUUCUAGUAUGUAUCUGAGGUAUGAUUUUAGCAGGUUUGGUGUGAUGGUAGAGGUAUUUUUGAUUUGAAACUUGUCCCUAUAUUUUAUGUAGCAACACUAUAAAGUUUUUAUUGAUAUUCUGUGAAGAGAGGAAUUGAAACAAAGCACCAAAAGCAGGAAAAACUGCAAUGUACUCUGACGUCUUUGAAAUCACAUUUGUUGAUUUACAUGAUCAUGUUUUAUAUUUUUAAUUUUUCCAAUUGCAUUUACAAAAAUCUCGCUUUUUGUCAAGCAUCAAUUUUUAGUUGUUAGCUUUUUUCCCCUAAGCCAAAUUUAUAUUUCUUAUUCUCUUGGCAAACUUGUUCAAUGAAAGAAAAAUGCCCUUGGUGCUCUUAAUGAUUUUGUUCUUGUGGGAAUAUUUUAGGAAUUUAUAAGUCAGUUUACUGUAAGUUGGGGAAAGAAACUUCUCAUAUUUCAGUCUGAAUUCAGUGGAUCAUGUUUGUAUUUUAUUGUAUUAUAAUGUCAAGGAAGGAGCAAAUUAUAGCUAUUUAACAACUGUUUACCAAGACUGAAACUGUUAGCUCUGUGAUGUUCUGUACGAUUUAUGUAAGAAUGUUCAUUAUGCAAAAACUAACCAAUACUUGCCACUUCUCUGUAAAAAUUGAAUGUACUUUUGUUAAAAUAUGUAGAGAUUUAAGUAGAAUGCUUUAUAUUUCUUCAGACACUGAAUAGACAGCGCAUACAGAGUUUAGGGGCUGAUCUUGUGGAAAGGCAAACAAACAACUACAGUGGUGCUUCUUGUUUUAGUCCACAGCAUUCACUAAUCAAUCAUUCUGGUCUAAUUCACAUCUUAUGAAGACAAUUUUCUGACCAUAUUACUGUGAAGUAAUUUUUCUUUUCUCCACACAUGCUGAUACUGUCAUUCCCAGUGUAAAGACAAUGUCCACUGUCUCUUGUUUGAAGGCCAAAAGACUAAAAGGCUGAACAAAUCUGUAUAAAGUGGUCAAUGAGAUAUUUGUAGUUGAGAGCCUGACGAGAGGUAGCCAUUAUGAAGUAAAGUUCUCCACAAAUGUUUUACCACCGUGAUUAACUUCUUAUUUGUCAUGUAGUCUGUUGUAUCUACAUGUGUAACAUCCAAGUUCUUGACUGUAGUUGCAAUGUAAACCCCCAAUAAACACUUUGCUGCUUUUU